GAACUUUAGUCGCGCGAUCUCGUCCGAAGUGUCGGGGCCGCUCUUCGUCGAGCUCCUCGCGCAAUUACGAAAACAGUUGACCGGUUGUUCGACGAGUCGAUCGUGCCGAACACACUCGAUCCUACGGAAAGACCCGAAUUAUCUACGGGAAAUUUCCGUUGGUCUGCUGGCUGCCGAAAAUUUUGCUGUCAAAUACGUUUGAUCGCGCGUUCGAGUCGCGAGGAGAUUCAACGGAUGACACCGAAACUUCACGUCAGCGUUGUUUUGACGUCGACGACGAUGCUCGAAGAGUUUUCGUGACACCUUUACGAGAAGAUACGAAUCCUUUGUGUUGGGCGUCUCGACACGUGGUGUCGAUUCUUUGCGUAUGUUUACCCGCGCGUGUGAGACAAAUUGAUGAACGCUUUUUGAUGGAUACGACGGCGCUUCGUUAAGUUUCGAUAAUCGACGAGGACUGUGCAACGAUUCAUUUUCGUGUUAGUGUCCUGUUUUCAUCAAGUAUGCGGAUAAAGAGUAAUUCAAUCGAAUUCUGACGUUUAUAAAAGAAGAAAAGUUUUUCGAUAACGUGAAACGCGUACAUUUCACGGCGGAUUGGUGAAAUGUAGAGGAAACGAAAAAUAUAUAUAUAAAAAACAAACAAGUUUGGUGCGUAGUACUGUGAGAAACACUGUGUCGCGAUGUCGUCGAGUGGUGAAUUUUCGACGUUGUCAAGCGGCGAGGCCACCGGAACCGGCGAGGACUCGUUGCCGAGCUCGAGAGAGGCGACCGCCGAGGCCGCGGGUUCCGGCGGUGGUUUCAUGCCACUGCGCGAGUUCCUGGACAGAUUCUCACUGCCAAGGGUAGUCAGGGUCGAAGGUGCCGGUGGAAGGCCGAUACUUCUAUACAAGCAACAGCAGAGAUCGCUUAGAGUCACGGCUACGCUGCUGAUGCAUCGUUACCGUCACGACGUCAAAGUGGGUCCGGAAAUAGUCAUCCCGGAAGGCUAUCCUGGCUGGUUCUCGGUAGUCUCCAGCAACAGUGGUACCGGAAAUGCCAGGGUGUACAGAAGAGUCGGCGCCUUGGUGCGCGCCGGAGUGCCGGCGUUUUUGCUCGCAAAACCAUUGCGAGCUUACACGUUGACGCAUUCCAAAAUGGAGAAUGGAAAUUUACGGGCCCACUACACGAAGACGACGGUGCGCGCCGGUGAGGUCCUGCGGCUGACUGCCGUUUUCCAGGACACUCGUCGGGCUCCCGUCGCCAGCGGCGUGUCUGGAAUGGUCCCAGAAGGUAAAUGCUCGAGAUCCUCCGAGCGGGAUCAGUACGCCCAAUGCUUGGACUCUCAUGGGCAUGAGUUGUUCGCACCGCUCUCGGCUAGAGGCGAGUUCUACGCGACCUGUGCUAGAGGCGAGUUCUACGCGACCUGUCAGAGCGGCAGCCUCGACACCGGCAGCGACGCGGUGCUCUACCGGGUUCAUCAACUCGCCAGGAGGGAUCUACCCUUGAGGGUACGUCUAGUCGCUGGACCCCUGCCCAUACCGUUGCCGCGAGAUUACAGCGGCCUGAUGCAGUUGGAGAAUGCGACUAGAGGGCCGAUAGUUCUCGGCUGUGCAGUACCGCUGAUGCCAGAGAGACCUUUACCUAAUACUACGGUGCCGGAACUUCUAGAGCUCGUCGCUACCGGUCCAACCGCGCCUCGGGUGAAAAGGGCACGAUUAGGAUGUCCUUCGGAAGCGAGAUUGCUCGCUUCGCCAAAAAUGCAGCGGUUACUCUCGGCUUGCAGAAGAGCCUUAGACCAAAGAGCGACUGAACCUCGAGUUGCUCCGCCAAAACCGGCGUCCAACAAUAGUCAGUUAAAAGAGUUGCAUUUGAAAGAAAUUAAAGCAAAGCCCGAGGCGAAGCCAAUUCUGCAGAGUUUAAAAGAGGGUUUAGAGCACAUUAAGAAGACUACGAUUCGCGACCGGAGCAACAGCCGCAGCACCGGUAACAAUCACAGCUUCCUCGAUAGAAUCUCGAGGAUAACGCAGGGUAGCAAAAGCAGAAACCCUGCGAAGAAAUCGGCAUCUUUCACAUUCGCUGUACGACCGGAAAUCGGCAUGCGGUCACCAGAGAGAUACGCCAGUCUGGAGUCGGACACAAACUUGAUCCAGGCAUCACAGGCAUCGUCUAGGCAACAAGUGCAGCGUUCGAUCUCGACGAGCGUCCUCGAAAUGCAGACUAGCAGUCCGGACAUGGAUCCACCGUACUCCAAGGUAAGAGAUAGCCUAACGCCGUUGCCCCCCACACCGCCGCCAAAACCGGAAGAGAUUUAUGCGGAAAUCUGCGAGCCGGGCGGUGGCAAUGGUCCGUUGCGAGAUUCAUUGCAGGAGGAAAAACUUCCGUCGAUAGGAGGGAAUGGUACCAGAGAACGAGAUCGGGGCUAUGUGAAGCUUGCACCAUCUCAUUCCGAGAUGUCCGAUAUUUCGGCAAGCACCGGUGACGAUGAGGAAGGUAUUUACAAUACCGUGUGCUGAAAACGCGCCUUUUUUUCGGAAUAAAGCUAAUAUCCGCGGAAAAAAAACGUUAAAACGUUAAUGCGAUUGAGCCAGUAUUGUUAUAAUUUUUUUUAAGCAAGAUAUAUGAAAAUCAGUGUUAUCAGGUUGAGGAAUUUUUUCCAAAAUUUUUACAUUUUGUUAUCAUCAUACGUGAAAUUUUUUUAGAAGACAAAGGUACUAGAUCUUUAUGUUUUUCUUUCCUGAAAAUUUUUCUAAACUUUUUAGCCUGCAAAAAAUCCCCCGUGAUGGAGGAAAAAUGGGAUACAAUUUCUCCAAUCUGACAACACUGAUAAAAAUAUAAAUUUAAAGCUUGUAUUCAUAUUUCAAUUUUAUAAAUAAAUGCGUUUAUUUAUUUUGGAGAUUCUAUAGUAUAUAUAACAUAAACUAUGUGCUAAAUGUACAUUUAAAGACGCAUUUAUCGAUAAAAAUGAGAAGUGAAUACCUGAAUUUUUUAUCGAUUAAAAAUGCGUAAGAUUGGGAACACUCUUCCAAGUAGCCGCCGACUCGUUUAUUUCAUUUAAUAAUGUAAGGAAUACUUUUUAUUAGAAAUCGGAGAUCACAUAUACUCCUUCUAUUAUGAGCUUUCAAUUUCAUUUCGAAAUUACAUUUGUCGGGAAUUAAACGUAAAUAUUUAAAGAGCCGCGGAAUCAAUUUUUUUAUGCCCUCGUUGCACUCGUUUCCCGCCAACUUCCUCUACCAUUCGUAGACCGCGUCUUUUACCUCCAAAUCGGAUGAAAAUUGUUUUCCACUUAGAUGCUUCUUUAGACGAGUGAAAAAGAAGAAAUCAGAAAGUGCAAGGUCCGGGCCCCUGAUUCUAUAGUAUCAUCUUAGGUUGAUAUUAUAUAGGUUCUUCAGGAUACAUUCUUACAUCAAUAAAGUCUAAUAUGUGCUUGAAUGCUUUAUGAGGUAAAAGUCUGUAAAAUAAAAAUUAUAUUUAUAUGAUAAACAAAUAAAUAGAGAAAAUGCAAUUAUAAUGCAA